GUAACAUCUUGCAAGCAACAACAAACCUCAAGUUCAAUGCUGCAGCUCACAGUCGGCAUUGACUCGUAAAUCUAAAUUGAGGCGGUUGCACGAUGCUUGCCCCUUCACAUUGCCUGCCGUCGGUGUUGUUGCUGUUCCUGCAGCUCUGUCCAUUAUAUCAUUGCUCCACUUCAACCCCACUCGAGCACAAACCCCUGUUCUCCUUCAACAGCACAUGGGAAGUUCUUGGGCCAUUCCAGAUAGGCACACGUGAAGCCACGUGGGGCGCGGAUCCUCUUGAGUUCAAUGGUGGAUUUAGGAACCUGGAGUAUGACCCUCGAGCAGUUUUCCGGAGUUCCCUACUUACGAAUGGUACUGCAUAUUGGAACAUCACGAUCGCGGAAACCUCCAGUAGCACAACAUCAGGCAAUGCCUCCCUGAGCGUUGGUUACUCCAAUGUCGACUGGGACUUCCUUAAGACCGUCUAUGGAUGGGCCUCCGUCCAAUAUCAAGCUUGGGCGCGUGGAGAGCUGGUAGUUGGCGGCAAUGAGACCCAACACAUCAUCCUCCACACUGAUGCCAUACUGGAAUUCUGGAUCAACGAUACGCACUCCUUUGGUGGUGACUUCUACAGCUACCGUAACGCUCCUCCUGUGUUGCACCUCGAACCAGGGCGUCACCGGAUUGACUUACGACUUGUGCGAGAUGUCAGAGCAUUUGGAGGUAUCCUUAAGCCCACUAUCGAUGUCGUGGUAGGCGUUGAACAGGUUUCUGGAAGUCUGGACCUAGCGAAACCUGGUAUUCUCAUGUCCGAUGUUAUCGAUGGCAAGCUCGCAACACCACAUGGCUCCGUGACCUUGCGUAACACCGGUGCCCGUGAUAUCGAGAUCACUGGAAUUCAUGCUGCCAACGUUAGCACCAAUGUCAGCACUUUGUUUCCUUUGUUGAGGUUGAGCACGGAUAGUCAAAUGCUGGUAGCACGAGGUGCUAAUGAUCUGACUUCUGGACAGGCGACCGACGAUAGAGCUGAAAAUGCUCAAGGUUAUGGCAUUGUCAUUGUCGCAGGCCAGACUAGGCCUGUUGCUUUCAACAUCACACUGCCCACUCACAAAGCUUCGUCAUUAGCCUACAACAUCACAUACAAAGUCAUUGACAGCAGUGAACACUUAAGUCUUGAAGUCACUCAAGAUCUCAAGCAUGUAUCGGCCUACGAUCCCCACAAGAUUACCUUUUUGCACCCAGGCGGCAUAGUGUCUUAUGCUAUGCUCCGACCUCCGGCAAAGAACGCCACCUGUCGACACAAGCAAACAAAGGUACCGGUCCUGCUGGCCCUACACGGAGCAGGCUUGGAAGCCGAUAACUCCAUGGUGACUGGAGCCUUGGAUCCCGUUUCUGAUCUUUGCGCCUGGAUAGUCUUCCCUACUGGCGUGACAACCUGGUCUGGAGACGACUGGCACAAUUGGGGGUUUGCUGAUGUUGAGGCCGCUAUCGAUGUCAUACCUGCUUGGAUACGAUACGGCAACUGGUCAGGCUCAGGUGUUGAUACAGAUCGAUGGAUCGUAUCGGGACACUCAAACGGCGGUCAGGGCACAUGGUAUGCUGUCACUCACCGGCCAGACAAGGUGCUUGCUGCAAUACCUGUGUCAGGCUAUGCAAGUAUUCAAAAGUACGUGCCUUAUGAGCUAUGGCAGCCUGCCGAUCCUAGGCGGACUUCAGUCAUCAGCGCAUCAAUGAACAGCUACCGACACGAGAUGCUCAUGGCCAACGCCCGCAGUAUCCCUAUUCAACAGCAGCACGGAGAGGUAGACGACAAUGUUCCAGCAUACCAUUCUCGGUUCCUUGCUCAACAACUUCAGCUUUCAGGCGCGAACUCAACUUACCAUGAAGUACCGAAUCAGAAUCACUGGUGGGACGGAAUUAUGACUACACCAGAGCUGAUCGAUUUUUACUACAACCAGACUAGAAGCAAAGAGAAAUUGCCUCGUGAGUUGGACGAGUUCAGCAUCGUCGUCGGUGACCCUGGCGACAUGGGCAGCAAGGGCGGGGUUAGAGUCACGCAACUGGAGGAUCCUGGACAGUAUGGCAGAGUGCAUGUAAAAGGCCGCACUGUGAAGACAUCGAACGUUCUUAGCAUCGAGUUCGGCCCUCCAUUCUGGAAAGAUGCCAUCAUGAUUGACGGCCAAACACUUGAGCUUGCAAGCGCUGCUGCAAACACUGACACCCCAGUCAGUGUACGCUUGUCUGGCGACACUUGGGUCACGGAGGCAGUGAGUACAACAAAAAAGUCACCUAGCAGACGAGGUCGCCAGCUCGGAUCCAUGAGGGCGAUACUGCGCACGCACGGUCCGAUCACCAUUGAGCAUCCAGGUACUGUCAACACCUCGCACCUUGCACUUCAGGUGUCUCGCAACCUUCACCAGUACUUCCGCGCCGACACCAUCAUCUUCAGUAAGACCGCAAACAGUGCGUCCGCCAACGUCACGGGCAACGCCAUACUUCUCGCUCUUGGCGAUGCUCUUGAAGGCGCUGUUGCGGACCUCCCCAUACAGGUGUCUUCAUCAGGGAUCAUUCUGCGUGACAGUCGUGGGCGAGAGCAACGGUACGACGAAGCGCGUGGUUCCGUUUGGCUCCGACCACUGGAAGGUGAAAGGCUUGAGCUGGUACUCUGGGGAGCUGACGAUGAAGGUCUGACGCAAGCUGCAAGGUUAGUACCGAUGCUCACAGGCGUGGGUCAGCCGGACUUUGUGGUUCUAGGUGAAGAGGCGAAAUGGAAGGGCGUCGAAGGCGCGCUGGCUUUAGGUUUCUUCGACUCGCAGUGGCAGGUCACUGCAUCUAGUUUCGUAUCUUGAGGUAUGCAUCUCUUGGACAGCGGCGAUAUUCGGCGCUAUUCAUCUUCACCUUCACCGUCUGAACAAAGCCAAAGGCAUUGUUCACGCUCAUUCGUCCAGAUUUUACUGGCUGAUGAUCAACUUGAGCUUAGUGGUGACCGCGGAUUGGCGACGCGCCUGCGCGACUGCCCUUUCCAUCACGCCUGCCGCUAGUCGCCGCCAACAGCUAUCGUCACUUCGCUUCCUUCCCCAUAACUCCGCCUUUUCUUUCCACUUCGACAUUCCACCGCAGUGCAACUUCUCCUCACUGCGCUCACAUUCCCUCCGUCCUUUCCACUUCGUUGCUGCUAAUUGCAAGCUGCUAAUCUAGUUUGCAUCUUCUGCGUUUCUUCUCCGCUUCUUCAUCUACUUGGCCAUAUACGUCGCCAACGGAGUAUCAUCGAGCAGCUGUGUCUUGCAUAUUAUCUUCGCA